ACCACUGGCUUUAUGUUCAUGGUUUAAUGUGUUUGGCUUGAGCUGAAGUUGUGGCGUAGCCUGAAUAACACGGAUGUGAACCACUGCUUUCAUCUAUGUUUGCAGUGUUUAGGUGUUAGCGAUAGCAUCAUUAGCUGCUGGGUUGCUAACGGCAGCUAGCGAAUGUUAGCAGUCAAUAUGGCAGCUGUUAGCUAGAACGAAACGGAAAUGAGGUGAAUGUUGACGUCAAGUUUAAACCAUUAAAAUGGUGAAACAAAACUACGGAGGUGAAGUUAUAUAUGUUGGGCAAUUUCAAUAGGAUGAGCGAAGAAAUAUAUAAAGGGACAUCAAAAUAAUACGAUUGUGAUUAGUCAUGAAGCGUUAACGGUGUCUUAUUUUGUAAUUCCUCAGAAAUCGGGGUUAGUUUGGGUAACUUGAUGGUUUCUGACGUUACCAUAACGCUUAAUUAAAAACGAAAAAAGUCCAACACAGAAUCGCCUUAUGACGUUAUGGCAAUUAAUGUAUGUGAUGUUCACAUUGAAGAUAAAACGGUACCAACAGUGAGAGACCUUCAAGUAUCCGGUUACCGGAAAUGGUGCUGUUUUACUCAGUCACCCAUAGAUGUACAUCUAUGUCUGUCACCAAUGUGACAUUUUAGCUACAAGUUUUUUUUCAGUAGAAGCAGCAGAGAUGACCAAGCAGCAGAGUCCAGUAAAAGCACCCCACUGGAGCAGUGUGUGAUGCGUUUGAUGCUGUCAUUGCUCUAGCUUCUGCAGAGCAUUUGAUGCUUCAGGAUGCAGAUCCUGGUGGUGAAGCUGCUUGGCCUUCUGGGAUUGUUCGGCCUCAUGCUGGCAGGUGUACUGGUCCCAGUUCGCCUUCUACUGAUCAACUACAACAAGGCGCACACAUACAGGAGGGCUCUGUCUUUGUGUAACUCAUUUGGAGGCGGUGUGUUCCUUGCAACAUGCUUCAAUGCUCUCCUGCCUACCGUCAGAGACAAGGUGGGUGAUGUUUUAAAACAGCUGCAGAUCAGCAGCGACUAUCCCCUGGCUGAGACGAUGAUGAUGCUCGGCUUCUUCCUCACCGUCUUUGUGGAACAGACCAUCCUCACCUUCAGGAAGGAGAAGCCGUCCUUCAUUGACCUGGAGACCUUCAACGCCGGCGGCUCAGAGGCCGGCAGUGACUCAGAGUACGACACGCCCUUCAUCUCCUCGGCACAGGACUCCCCAGGUGGUGGGAGUGGUCACCGCUCGCGCGGUCACCAGCACAGCCAUUUCAGCCCGGUUGAGCUGGCAGGGGCGGGGCCUCUGCGCCUCGCCAGUCUUGUUCUGGCUCUUUCGGCUCACUCGGUGUUUGAGGGCCUGGCGCUCGGGCUGCAGGAGGACAUAGCCAAGCUGGGCAGCCUCUUCCUGGGUGUGGCAGUGCACGAGACGCUGGCCGCCAUUGCUCUCGGGGUCAGCGUGGCCAAGGCGUCACUUGGCAUGAAGGAUGCCGCCAAGCUGGGUGUCAUGGUCAGCCUGAUGAUCCCGCUGGGCAUAGUGGUAGGAAUGGGCAUCGAGUCAGCUCAGACGCUGGCAGGCAGUGUGGUGUCGGUGGUGCUACAGGGACUUGCCGCCGGCACCUUCCUGUUCGUCACCUUCUUUGAGAUCCUGUCCCGAGAGCUGGAAGACAAACGGGACCGACUCCUCAAAGUGCUCUUCCUCAUCCUCGGAUACACAGUGCUCACCGCCCUCAUCUUCAUCAGGUGGUGACAGACAGAAUGUCAUCGAAACACACAGCAACACCAAAGAAAAACUAACAGCUCUGAGAGACGGAGGCAUGUGGAGCCACUGUUGGUUCAGCUUCAGUGCCUCCCAAUGAUUUGUGCUGAGAACACAGACUGUAUUUAUUCUGGUGUGAAGAAGCCUCAGCUGUCUGUUUCAAACAGAUGUAUGACUACGCAGCCGGUUAGUCUGUGAUACGGCGCUCAGGCUUGACUCUGCUGACCUCUGUGCAGUUUCCUUGUGAACAGAAAAUUUCUUUACAUUCAGAGGCUCUCACCAAAACUCUGUCUCCUAUGUUUAACUAAUAUAUAGAAUACAGCAGUAGUCAGUUAAUCAAUUAACAAAGCAUAUCGGUAACUGACCACCAGUUAAACAAAACGUCUACCUGGGCUGUAGGAUGAUAACAGGCCUUUCACAAUUUUCUGACAUUUUAUAGACAAAUAACUGAUUAAUAGUGAAGCAGUCUGUAGAUUAGUGGCUGAUGAGUUAAUCAUUAGUUGCAGCCACAGAGUAAAUUUCCUCCUGAAUCAUUCAAAGCUGAUUUUUGUAAGAAUUUGUAGCUUGCGUUGUUUAGGUCCAUGUUUAAUUCUAACAGUGCCCGGCCUUUGUUGGUCUGUCGCCCACUGAGCUGCUGCUACUGAUCUAGACCAAUCCACCUUGACCUUCUCACUUGGUUGCAGUUAUGUGCAGGUGUAUUCCAUGACCCUGUGAUAUCACUGCUGGGCGUGGUUACAGGUGCAGCAGAGUGUGACUGAACAAACUGUUCACACUCAUGUUGUCUUACAGGGAAACACAGGCACUACUGUAGGUGAUACAUGGAAUAGUAGAUCUCAUUUAAUCGAGAUGGGCUCUUUGAGCUUUUUCUUAUAUGCAGUGUCUGCUUUAUUAGGCACACCUGUACAGUCCAUUCCAGCCCAGCUACUGUCGGUUUGUGUGAUUGACUUUCCAUAGAGAAAUGCUUCCAUUAAUGCGUUAUAUUCAGAGGUGUUUCUAAUAUUCUGACCACCUCAGAUGUAAAUUAGGAGGAAAACCAUUAGAAACACCUCAACAUGUACUCCAGUACAACACCACUUUUGACUAAUGCGGACACUGCGCUGCCAACAAUUGAGCCUGUAGUAUUGAAUUGUCAUAGAUUGUCCAGGUGUACCUAAUAAAGUGGUCAACAAAUGUGUAUUGAAGCAGUUUGUAAGAUACUCCUGCGUUUUACAAACCUGCUGAAGUCCAGAUGUUUCAGAUCAACUUGUGAAUAAACACACUGGAGCCUUUUCACAGUGGAUCCAUGAACACGUUUAUA